AUGUGGUUAAAUUCAAAAUUAAUUAUGCUAUCUUCAAUUUACACUACAUUAUUGGCCAGUCCAAUCAAGAAAUGCAAGUUCCCCAAGAAAAAAGAUCUCGUUCCUGUUUACGAGGAUGGAGUGAAUGCUGGUUGGGCUAUGAGUCCAGAUGAGGCUUGCAUACCAGGCAAAUAUUGCCCAUAUGCUUGUCCACCAGGUCAGCUAAUGAAUCAAUGGAAUCCAGAUGCCACAACGUAUCUGUAUCCAACAUCAAUGGAUGGUGGUUUUUACUGCAACAGUGAUGGCUCUAUUAGUAAACCAUUUGGUGAUAGAGAGCUCUGUGUUGACGGUGAGGGAACUGUCUCGGUUGUUAACAAAGCCGGUAAGGAUGUUGCAUUUUGUCAAACUGUCUUACCAGGAAACGAAGCCAUGUUGAUACCAACUAAUGUCAAAAGUGGCGAAGAACAAACAUUAGCUGUUCCAGGACCAGAUUAUUUUGCAAGUACCGCUGCUCACUACUACGUCAAUCCACCCGGAGUAUCAACCAAGAACGCUUGUGUUUGGGGUGCAACAGAUGAGGAAGUUGGAAAUUGGGCACCUUAUGUUGCUGGUAUGAACAUGGAUUCAAAAGGAGAUACUUUUAUUAAAAUCGGGGUCAAUCCAAAACAUAUUGAUGACUUUAAUGGAAAUAAACCAGGGUUUGGACUCAGAAUUGUUUGUGAUACCCCGGAAGAUUGUAACGGAUUGGAGUGCGAAUUAAGUCCAAAGAAUGGUUACAAUAAAGCACAAGGACCAUCUUCUGGAGUAUCCUUAGGAGCAGAAUACUGUAUCGUGACAGCCAAAAACCAUGCUAGGGCCAAAAUUGAGGUAUUUGAGGUAUAA